AUGGCAGCCAGGAAAAUCUCACAUACCCACAUGAAAAUAACAAGAGCAAUAUUUGUGCUCUGCCUGUUCCAAUCAGUAGCAAAUUUAUGUGUUGCAGAAGAUGAGAUUGUUAUUCAAGCUCUGUUGGAGUCUUCCAAAGCUAUGGAUACGGACCAAUCAGUUCUGACCAGCUGGAAAGAAGACACAGACCCCUGUGAAUGGACUGGAAUAACCUGCAAAGAUGGCAGCCAUGUUACACAUAUUGUGUUAGAAGGCCUCCAGCUCAAUGGGACCCUUGAUUCAAAAGCCCUCUGUCAGGUAAAAACCCUGCGAGUCCUGAGCCUGCGGGACAAUGGCAUCCGAGGCGUACUUUCCCCAGAUAUAUCAAACUGCAUGAACAUAGUGCGAAUAUAUCUGAGAAACAAUCAACUAUCAGGGUCCAUACCGAAUGAGCUAAGCGGCAUGAAGCGUUUACAACUCCUGGACCUCUCCAACAACUACUUUACAGGCCGAUUACCGGCCUUCAACUGUUCCAACUUCAUUUUAAUCAACGUCUCCGGCAACUUCAUUUCAGGAAACCUCUCUGCCAUGCAACCAUGCAUCAUUGAACACAUGAUCAGUCCACCACCUAGCUAA